CUGAGAUUUUCUUUCUUUCUUUCUGGUGCAGGGAAUGAUCUAUGUCUGGAUUCUCUCUGUCUCCCAUCAGGAGAUGAGAUGGUGAGUCAGAAUGAGGAGGAGAAACCCCAUCAGGAAGAUGCUGAGCAAGGAGAACCACAUGGAACUUUAUCAGGAAGAUCCAAAGGGAAUGUUUCCGGGAGUUGUGCACUCCCAGAAAAAACAAAAGCCUGUGUGACUCUGCACAGGCCAGAGGGAAACUUUAGUAGCCUCUCCGACCUUGUAACAAGCAACAGAAUUAACUUGGAAGAGAGACACUACACAUGCCAUGACUGCGGAAAAAGCUUCAAUCAGAACUCAAACCUUAUCAAAUAUCAGAGAAUCCACGCAGAGGAGACACUUUACACGUGCGCUGAGUGCGGGAAAAGCUUUAGUUGGUACUCACACCUUAUCAGACAUCGGAGAAUCCACACAGGGGAGAAGCCCUACACAUGCUCUCAGUGCGGUAAAAGGUUCAGUCAUUGCUCAAGCCUCAUUAGACAUCAGGAAAUCCACAUGAGAGAGAAUUGUAAUAAAUCCCUUGACUAGGGUUGGCCAAAAAAUUAAAAAAAAAAAAAAAAAUCACAUUUACUAAUUCC